AUGGCUGAUACUCCAGGCAGUGCUGCGAGUCGAACGCUCGCGGGCGAGCACGAGCAUGAGACACCCUACGAGCAUGAAACACCUUUCGAGCACCUUGCAAUCCAACGUGUUAAUUCUGUCCAUGAAAUUGUUGAUGCGCGACUGAGCUUGGAUUCGCGACCGUCUCCUCGAGAACUUGAGGAAAGCUUUUCACAGAUCGUAGUCAGAGCCUUGUCUAUAGAGCUUGAGCGUUCCCACGACCAGCACAGGAAGCAGUCAAAGGAGCAGCAAUCAAAGGAGCCCCAAUCAAAGGAGCCCCAAGGAGAUGACAACCUCAAGAAAGAGAAAGAUGCUAGUGCCGCUAUAAACACCCGUUCCACUGAAUCGGAGGAAAUACUAUAUGUUGAUUGGGAGGAAAGGGAUCCUCGCAACCCGGAGAAUUACUCACGGGCACGAAAAUGGGCCAUCACCAUCGUUGCUUCUGGCUUAACGGGACUUGUUGCGGCCGCGGCUUCUACCUACUCGAUAGGAAGUGCCUCAAUGAUCCGGGACUUGAAUUGUACACAACUUCAAGCAAGUGUCGGGCUCAGUGUGUAUGCACUAGGAUUUGCUGUCGUGCCUCUCGUCCUUGCCCCACUUAGCGAAGAACUCGGUCGCCAGCCGCUCUAUGUCGUUACAACGUUUAUCCUGCUCUUGUCACAUAUCGGUGUAGCCCUAGCUAAAAAUAUUCAGACGGUCAUUGUCUUACGAUUCAUCGCCGGAGCCGCGGGUUCUACUGGCUCAACGAUGGUCGGAGGUACCGUAGCGGAUAUUUGGGCUCCACAUGAACGAGGUCUGCCAAUGGCAGUAUUUUCGAUAGCUGCCGUAAGUUCCACAGGUACUGGCCCUGUAUUCGCUGGCUGGAUCGAAAUGAAUAGACAUCUGGAGUGGCGUUGGAUACAAUGGAUCCAUUUAAUGGUGACAGGCGUGAUGUUUGUAGCUGUGGUCUUGAUCAUGAAGGAAACGCGAUCAUCAGUGCUUUUGACGAGGCUUGCAAGGAAGAUUCGGAAAGAGACUGGGGACAAUCGCUAUCGGGCUCGCAUUGAAGAUGAACGAGGAAGCUUGCGCUCUUUGAUCCUGGUUUCCUGUACCAGGCCUGUCCAUCUGUUAGUCACAGAACCUGUCGUUACCUCAUUUAGCUUAUGGGCCGGCUUCGCGUGGGGCAUUCUAUAUGUAUUUCUCGAGUCAAUUGCACCAGCAUUUGAGCAGCUACACCACUUCAACAUCGGAGAAGUCGGUACUGUAUAUGUAACGAUCCUAAUCGGAUCGGUCUUUGGAUAUUUUACGAACGUUUUCUACCAGGAGAAAAUAUACGCAAAGAAAUUUGAGUCCCGAGGACACGAGGCACGAUUGUACUCCUCGUGUGCGGCAGGUGUACUCUUUCCUGCGUCAAUGUUUAUAUAUGCCUGGACGUCCCUGGCACAUGUACACUGGAUCGCAAUGUGCAUCGCGAUCACCCUAUGCAUAUGGUCAAUCUUUAUGAUUUAUCUCGCAGUCUUUACAUACCUUGCCGAUUGUUACGGUCCAUUUGCGUCCUCUGCUUUGGCAGGACAGAGUCUGAGCCGCAACCUGGCAGCAACAAUUUUUCCGCUUUUCACAAUACAGAUGUACAAUGCACUCACGUUCAAAUGGGCGAAUACGCUAUUUGCCUGUCUUGCCUUGCUUAUGAUGCCUAUCCCAUUUAUCCUCUUCCGAUGGGGUCCUCAGAUCCGCGCGCGAAGCAAGUUUGCAAGUAAAGUGCCCGCGUUUGGCUCAUAAUGAGCCUAGGGAACUUGUUAAGUUCGGCUAGUCGCGCGCAAGUCGGUGGCACAUAAGAUAUCAACAGUCCUGGAUCACCUACAUUGACCUCGAUUAUUUCAUUAAUUCCG